AUGGGUUGUUGCGCUAUCACAGGUAUCGCUGCAGCUUGUUGCUGUUGUGUUGGUACUAGUGGUAAUACGGACUCUAUAAAGAUCGUUAAAGGGUUGGCGUUCCUCCUGCAAGUAUUAGCAGUAGUGUUGAUGUUGGUGUUUCGUACUACUAACCCUGCAUCCUGGCUCAAUGGUGUACCCGGAAUAAACAACUGUGGUAACCCAGGAGCCUCUGGUCUGUCGCCAGAUCAAGUGGAUGCUAUAGAGCAGUGCUACAGAGAUCAACUCGGUUACCGCUUUGGCACAGGUGCGGUUAUAGUAUUCCUCAUUCAGUGCAUAUUCAGCCUGUUGGGGUCUACUGUGGGCAUGGCAGUCACUGGCGCCUGGUGGAUAUUGAAGUUCCUGCUAGUGCCUGGUCUGGGCUUCAUCCUUAUGUUCGUGCCGAACUCCUUCUUCAACACUCUCAUUGACGUCUACACCGGCAUUCUAUUCAUCUUCAUAGUCCUGCAGUUGGUCGUGUUGUUGGAUUUCGGAUACUCCUGGAAUGACCUGUGGGUGGCUAAUGCGGUCGAGGAUCAAAGGGGAGAUAUGCUCAACGAGAAAGCUGGACGAAAAUGGUAUAUCGCGCUCACGACCAUUUCGGUGGUAUUCUACUUGUGGUUUAUCGCUGCGUUUAUUUGGAUGUUCACACUCACUGGUGGAUCGGCUACACUAAAUGCGGUCUUGUCUAUUACGUUUAUAAUUACCAUAAUUCUCGUAAUUUUCUCCUGGACGGAAUGGGCGAAAGCGGGGGCGCUACUACCGAGUGGUGUUGUGGCAAUGUAUGUGACGUGGCUAGCGUACUGCUCUUCGCUGUCCAACUAUGCAUACGAGGCCUCGCCGAACGCGGCACGACAGGUCAUUGGGUAUAUAGUGGCAUCGGUGGUGUUCAUAUACAUGUCGACAAGAGUUGCUAACCCGAUAUUGGUACGCCAAGAUGAGGCUAAUGUUGACGAUGUUGCGGUAGCGACAGUCCAACAGGAAAAACGUGAUGCUAAGGCUGAGGGUACUAACGACGCGGUGUCUCAGCUUGCCAACAUUGAUGUCGGUGCUACUGCUGCUACUGAGAGUUCGGGCAACAAUAAGGAUAUUGAAAAUGGCGGAGCGACGCGCCCGACGACAGCGACGGGCAGUGGGGAUAAUGAGGAAUCCACUACUGUGUCGUGGUGGCAAGUUCUGUUCCUCAAUAUAGUGCAUCUGACAGGAGCAAUGUAUUUGACAGUACUGAGCACUAAGUGGAUCAGCGAUCCUCUCACACCAGCUGAGGGCCGGUCGGCAUCUCGUGAAUUGGACUAUUGGAUUCAAGUUACCGCACUAUGGACGAUGCUGGCGCUGUUCGCAUGGACUUUGGUGGCACCCGUGUUGUUCAAGAAUCGUAAUUUCGUCUGAUCUGGGUGGUUUUGUAUACCACAGAGAGUGCCCAAACACUUCCUGUUGUGAAGUGAGUUAAAGCCCAAUAUUAUUUCACUUAUCAUCAGCGUCAUCUCAAAAGGUGGUGACCACGUCGAUUGUCAUAU